ACGGAUUUGUACUAUUUCUCUAUAUAUAUGACUUAUGACUAGUAAGAGCUUAUAAAUGAUUUCGUAUGACGGGUGUGUUUGGCAAAAUUCCAUUUGGACUAAACACACAAUACAAACAUAUCUGUAAAGGUACCAUCGCAGUUGGAAAUGUGAUGAUAUAUAUAGUAGGUCGAAUUCAGUCAGAUAAAAGUCUCCAUAGCAUAACAAGGGAUUAUUGCUCAGGUUAUGUAGUGAAGAAUACUUUCCUAGGGAUAUUGGAAAUAUAAUAGACUGAUCCGGAUACAUGACAUAGUAUGGUAACAUGGAAAGUGGCGACCUUGGAAAACAAUCCGGAUUAUCACGGCUUAUCGGGGAUGUACGGACGGACAAACACUACAGACGAAAGUUUCUGCUGACCUGUGCAUUAUGCUGGUCAUAUGUUAUGUUGGGUUGGCUGGUGUUGCAGGUAGGGCCAGCACUUCCGGCGCUACAGACGCUCGUGUCCGCAGACUUGGAGUCUGCCGCCGCCAUCUUUACCACGUGGUCGAUCGGCUUCAUCGCCGGCUCCUUCCUGUCGGGCCUGCUGUAUGACCGGUGCCGCCGUCUUUUCCUCCUGGUUGUGUGCACGCUUGGGGCGGGCACCUGCACGCUUAUGACGCCUUACACACGUUCACUUCCGGCCAUGUUGGCCGUUCGAGUACUGUCAGGCAUUUUCUGUGGAGGUCUGGACACCGGGGCCAACACCGUUGUGUCAUCCAUUUGGGACAAGGACGCCGGACCGUACAUGCAGGCCCUGUAUCUCGCUUACACUGUUGGUGGAGUCGCCUCCCCUUUCGUCACUAGACCGUUCAUGUCGGACGAGGUACCAAGGGAGGGAACUACAGACAGUCAAACAAGGGCAACAACUCCUGCUACACUUAAACGUGUCGAUAAGGAACAGUUCUACGGACCCAUUGACAGCGAAAAUGUGAAUUACUCGUUCAGGAUAUUACAAACUAAUACAAACUGGACCCGUUAUUUAAAUUCAUCCGAAAUGAAUAACCCAGUGUUGAAAAUAAAUGAAACGCAAAGUUUACCACCCGAAUUGAAUAAUCUGAGUAAAGUGGAAGAAGCGGUCGUUAUCCAGUAUGCAUUUAUUAUAACAAGUGUUCUUCUAUUUCUUUCUGCAAUACCUUUCCUUGCAAUGAUAGUUUCAGGAAAAUUUAUCACAAAUCGACAACUAAGAAUGGAGCUAAUUGUUGAGGAUGGCAAACCGGACACAGAAGAAAUGGCACGCGAAAAGCAGGCAUUUACAGACGUGACACUUACAAAAUCAAAGCACACAAAACUUGAAGGAAAACAGAAAAUAUUCUUGUUAAUAUUAGCUGCAGGGGUACAUCUUAUGUACAAUGCUGCAGAGGACAGUUUCGGUGAUUUUAUCAUAUCUUUUUGUUUAGACUAUCUGUAUUGGGACAAUACGCAGUCUGUGAUACUGUUAUCUCUCUACUGGUUGUCAAGCUGUAUAGGCGGAAUAGCUGGUAUAUUCCUUGUCCGAAUCUUAGGUUCUACAAAACUGUUGAUAAUCGCCCAUCUUGCCUGGCUUGGGACGUUUAUGCUCGCCUCCCUGGCAAGUGUUUUCAAAAUAGACAUUCUUAUAUGGAUUUCAAUGCCAGUAUCAGGAUUCUUCAUGGUUCAUAUUGUUCCCGCUGCGUUUACGUGGACGUCCGAGAACAUCUGCCCCAUCACCGGAAAGGUGUCGUCCCUUUUCUUGAUAGCUACUGGAGUGGGGAUUGCGGCCAACCCGACAGUUAUAGGCUACCUUAUGGAAGAGUAUACUUAUGUGGCUCUAAUGUACGUGCUAACAGUGGAGGCAUUCCUGUCCGUAAUUAUGUUCCUCGUAGCUGUAAUAGCCUCCAACAGGUUCAGAAAAUAAUGGAACCUCUUAAUGGAUACUAUACUAAAGUAGGCUACCUAGAGAAGUACACAUUGGUUGCAUAAAUUACGUAUACACGUUUAGGGCAUUCCUGUCCUAUAAAAUAAUGCGGUCAUCUUGAUGCCAAUUUGGGACAUGAGUAUAUACAGGCCACCUCAAUGAGUACAUAUACCCGUACGUAGCCUUCAUGUACACAAUCGCUGAGGCAUUCAUGUUCUUUGUUGCAAUCCUCGAGGCCACAAUACUGGCCAUUGAAGAAUAAUAGUAGAAUACAGGCCACCUUAAGGAAUAGCGUAUUCAGCCUUUAUAUAGGCACAUUCCCUUCGAGACAUUCAUGUUCUUCGUUAAUACGAUCCUGACAUCGAUCAUUGUGGCCUGAGUAACAUGAGUAGAUAUAGACCACCUCAAGGAAUAAAUGUAGCUUACCGUCGAAAGCCGUGGAAGCUGUCAUAGCCUAUUGUUUUGUGAUUUAGUUAAAAUAAUUGCACAAUUUUAUGAGAAAAUGGACUAAUGUAAUCGUUGAAAUAGGAAGACCAUAUCUACUCUGUUGAUUUGACCAUUUACAUAUGCAGAACAUGGAAAAAUUCACUAGUUAAUCAUACAAGGAAAUGAAAUGUUUGUCACCACUAGUUGCUGAACUGUUUUCUGAUACGGACAACCUUGAUAAGUGUUCCAAUUUUUGAUGUGCAUAAUUAUGUUAGUACAGAUUUAAGUUACCAUUUCCAGUCAUUGUCUGUGAAACUACACAAAAAUCAAUGUUCCUUGUUUUCAAGGACCUAUAGGUCCGUGUUGUUUUGUAUUGCCUUUGUUUACAUUGAUUUUGAUAUAUUGAGGUAUAUUUACAUAAACACAUGUAAACAUCCAUUCAUCAGUCAUCCGAAAAAGGCAUUUAAACUGCAAUUGAAAUAGUUCUGUUGAAUGGUGCGUUUUACUGUUAAUUCGACAUUCUUCUCGAUAAAACAGCUUAUGAGGUUUUAGUAGAAGCAUGAAUUUAACUUCAUCAUCUUAGAACUGCACAUUACUCUGUUCUGUACCUGAGUUUGUACGACACUACAAUAUAACCACAUUACACGGACUAUAAAUGUUUGGCACAUUACACUACUGUACCCAUGUUAGUUUGAUACAUUACACUGUACCCACAUUACUUGUACUGUACCCUUAAAUUGUUAGUUGGGCACAUUACACUGUAUCCACAUUAUACUGUACUGUACCAUUGGUAGUACGGCACAAACUCAUAGUAAUAUGGCACAUUACACUGUACUGUACCCAUGGUAGUAUGGCGCAAUACACUGUACUGUAUCUAUGGUAGUAUGGCACAUUACACUGUACUGUACCCAUGGUAGUAUGGCGCAAUACACUGUACCCACAUUACACUGUACUGUAUCCAUGGUAGUAUGGCGCAAUACACUGUACUGUAUCCAUGGUAGUAUGGCGCAAUACACUGUACUGUAUCUAUGGUAGUAUGGCACAUUACACUGUACUGUACCCAUGGUAGUAUGGCGCAAUACACUGUACCCACAUUACACUGUACUGUAUCCAUGGUAGUAUGGCGCAAUACACUGUACUGUAUCCAUGGUAGUAUGGCACAUUACUUUGUACUGUACCCAUGGUAGUAUGGCGCAAUACAUUCUACCCACAUUACACUGUACUGUACCCAUGGUAGUAUGGCGCAAUACAUUAUACCCACAUCACACUGUACUGAACCCAUGGUAGUAUGGUGCAAUACAUUCUACCCACAUUACACUGUACCAUACACAUGGUAGUAUGGCGCAAUACAUUCUACCCACACUACACUGUACUGUAUCCAUGGUAGUGAACCACAUAACACAGUACUGUACCCAUGGUAGUAUGGCGCAAUACACUGUACCCACAUUUCACUGUACUGUACCCAUGGUAGUAUGGCGCAAUACACUGUACCCCAAUUACAAUAAACUGUACACAUGGUAGUAUGGCACAUUACACUGUACCCACAUUUCACUGUACUGUACCAUUGGUAGUGAGGCACAUUGCACUGUACUGUAUCCGUGGUAUAACGACUCAUUACAGUUCACUUAACCCGUGGUAGUACGGCACAUUACAGUGAACAGUACCUGUUGCUGUACGUCAUAUUACAGUGUACUGUACCUGUGGUAGUAUGGCAAAUUACAGUGACUGUAUCUGUAGGAGUAUGGCAUAUUACAGUGUACUGUACCUGUAGUAGUAUGGCAUAUUACAGUGUACUGUACCUGUAGUAGUAGGGCAUAUUACAGUGACUGUAUCUGUAGGAGUAUGGCAUAUUACAGUGUACUGUACCUGUAGGAGUAUGGCAUAUUACAGUGACUGUAUCUGUAGGAGUAUGGCAUAUUACAGUGUACUGUACCUGUAGUAGUAGGGCAUAUUACAGUGUACUGUACCUGUAGUAGUAGGGCAUAUUACAGUGUACUGUACCUGUAGUAGUAGGGCAUAUUACAGUGUACUGUACCUGUAGAAGUAGGGCAUAUUACAGUGUACGGUAUAUAUGUGGUAGUAUGGCAUAUAACAGUGUACUGUACCUGUGGUAGGGUGGCACAUUACACUGUUCUGUACCCUUGGUAGUACGGCAUAUUAUAGUGUACUAUAUAUGUGGUAGUGUGGCACAUUACACUGUUCUGUACCCUUGGUAGUACGGCAAAUUACACUUCUUUCUCACCAGCAAGUCUUAAUCUGCCAAAAAAGGUCUACAUGCAUUUUUUCUGAAGUCAUUGUUUUCAUUAUUUUUAUAUUUCUUCUUGUUAACUUGUACAUAAAUCAUUCCAAUAUGUGCACCAUAUACACAUAUAUGUAUGACUGUUCAACUGUGAUAACACAUAAAAGCCCUUUUUUAUUAUUGGCAAGUGUGUUUGUUUCUUAUUCAAUUUCUUCCCUUUGUCAUAAUUAUGACAGUAAAGUUACAAAUAAACAGAGUUAAACAACUACACGUGUUCACUGCUUGUGCAUUGGUUAGACCUGAAUGAAGAACUGGAAAAAAAUGUUGGGCUUACAAUCAAAAUGUUAAUUUCAAAUUAUACAUGUUUAUAUUCGGGUAAUAAUUCAAAGAUAAAGAAGAAAUCAGCAAACUUAUUGUAAAUUACAAUUUACUGUAUGUGUCAUUCAAAUAUUUUAUAACAGGAAUAAACAAACAAACAAACUACAGUCCAUAAAUCAACACCUUAACAUGAUUUUAAACUACACUGUAAAAGUAAACAAAAGGAACACUAUUAUUAUAAUCUUUACACUAGUAGAAAAUAAAUAAAACACAACAUUCUUAUAAUCCCUGAUUUAAAAUGCCAUUGGCUGAUGAUUGUCCAGCUGUCUAAAAACAUUAAGGAAUUAAUCCUCUAUACUAUUAACUGGAGCCCCAGUUUCACAAAUAUUCAAAAAAUAAACAAUCAAUCAAAACAUGACAUUACAAAAAUAUUUCCUUUCUAUAAAGAAUUUACUUUACUUGUAAACACAAUUUAAAUACUGUAAGAAGUUAAGUAAAUUCUUAAGAAUUUUCUGAAAAUGGGUCAGAUUCCCAGUUGAAGCAAAUGACAAUAAAAUCAGCUUCACUGUCGAUAAAUAAACUUGAUGGCUGUUAAAAAAGCUUAGAAGAUAAAACCUUGAACGCUGGAAGUUACAAGCAUUGUCAA